GUGAUGAGCCGUACCUGCCAGCGGCGCCGCAGAUGGGACCAGCGGCAGGGCUGACGGGGCUGGCAGCACGAGCCGGGGGGGCAGCAUAUAGCGCACCAGACGUAAACAAGGAAUUCGCAAACGCAGCCGAUUGCUCCCUGUAUCUCAGCAGGACGCCUGGUGCCGAAGCUACAAUGGGCUUGGUUACGGUGACGACGGCAGAGGAGGAGGCGACCGAGGUGGCUGUGCAUGCAGGGAUCAUUACCGGCGCUAUUGAGACUGCUGCAGUCGCCGCAUCGCCUGAUCCGUUAGGCAUAAACGUCGCGAGUGGCGGCGGCAGCGGCGGUGCCAAGGGCUGUUAUACGCCCGCAGCUAUAAUAUCCACUUCUAUCCCUUCCAGCCCCAAGUACGGCACCCACAACAGCGGUGACGCCGCUGUCGCUACGAGCGCCUGCAGCUCCUCCGCUAGCGGUGUGUGCAGCCGGCAGGGCAGCAUGGACACGUUGGAGCUUGAGAUGGCGAGGCGGCGGGCAAGCAAGGCCUCCGCCGCCGGCGCGGCCGCCGGGGGGGGGACCGGACGCGGCGGAAGGUCAGGCCCCAGCGACCCAGAGGAUUCUGAACCCAUCAAGAAGAGCGGCUCCUUCACCGCCGGCACACCUCUGCUGCCCUUCGCUUCCUGCGGAACCCUGCUGGCGCCAGUUGUCCGCAGCCAACACCAUCAUCACCACCACAGCAGUCACCGCAUCACGCGGCAAUCCACCCAUGAUCGGAUCGAGCAGCUGCUGGAGCAAGCCCGCAACUCAAACAUACGGGCGGCGGCGCCGACUGCAUCAACUGCGGCAGACGACGAGCGGCUCAGUGGCAGCCGUUUCGGCACUGGUGGUGGCGGCGGCACCAGUUCAAUCGGUUAUACGGAAGGCGG